UAAAUUUUGGUUGCUGGUGAGAUUCUUUUUCCUCCUUCCCCAGCGGACGUCUCCGUCUCUUCUUCUGCUUCUAACUUGCUCCAAAUUUUCAUUUCAAUUUUUUUGAUAGGACUUAAAAAUUCCAAGCUCGCUUAUGAGAGUAAUGGCGUAGCAAAAUCUUUAUCUAACUCUUGGCUCUUGUCUUUUUUUGUUUGUUUCUCAACCUACGCCGGAUCUUGCUUCUUCGAACUUCUCCGACGCAUCUUCUUCAGAUUCCGCAGAAGUUUGCGUCGUUUUCUUGAAUCCACUCAAAAUUUUAUUGGAAGUUUGUGUUGUUUUUACUAGCUCUGAAUCUUUAGAGGGCUCAAAAAUUCGUCGAGAAAACCAGUCUUUGGAAGUGUAGCAUUUUGGAUUCGCUUGUGACUUGAAUCUUGAAUAUUAGGUGAAACCGCCUUGGAUCUUCUCGUUGAUCUUUGUCGUGGACAUUUUUUUUUGUAAAGCUUAGUAGAUUCUCUAAUAUUUAAUUAGAGAGUAUCUGUUCGUGUUAUUCUUUAUUGUUAGAUAAUGAUUAAUCACUGCACACAAUCUUAUUGAAUUUUCCUGUUGCUUUUCUCGGCUUGAAUUCUGAAGAAGUAGUUAGAGAGAUGGCUUUGCUAUAUACUCUUGCUAGAUCUGUUUGAUUUCUUAGAUUCCUGAUUUAACGAUUUCCUUCUAAUUUGAUUAUCCAAAAUCUAGAAAUGGUAAAAGUUUCUUGAGUUAAGGUUCAUUUAUUUUACAUUUGACUGUAGUUUUUUUGUGUGAUUUAGAUGCAGACAGGACCAUGUUGUGUUUUGGAUUACUUGAGAGAUUUACUAUCUCAAUAGUUCAUUUCAUCGUACAUAAUUUUUUUUUGUGAACUUGUUUAAUAGGAAUGAUGAUGAACUAUUCUUGUUUUGUGUGUAUAGUUUGAAGAUGGUAACUUUAUGAAUUAAUUAUUUAUUACUUAUUAGAUUCUGCAGUUGCGUCUUCUUGAUUCCUAAUAAACAAUGUUAAAGAACACACUUUUCAUGCUUCCUAUCAUUAGAAGUGUCAAAGAUGCUGCUCUUUUUUAAUCAUUUUUCUUCUUACCUGCUGUAUUAACAAUUUACGUAUAUCCAGGUUUCUAUUUGGUCAACAACAUCAGAAACAUGUGUGCUCAGAUGUUGAGCUCUUUAGAUUCAAUUGUUGUGAACAUUGUCAAGGAGAAUAGUGAUUAUUGAAGGAUGCAAGAUUUUUAUAUUCAGCUCUAAUGAAGAACGGACAGGAGUUGCAGUCUUCUACCCAAGUUUCACAUGAGUCCCAAGGUGAACAGAAAGUUAAUUUAUCAGUAGAAGCUCCAAUACAAGAUUCUGGUUCUGUAUCUGCCUCAAGUAAUGACGGUAGGAAAGUGUCAAGACAAGAUAUUGAACUUGUCCAAAAUUUGAUAGAAAGAUGUCUCCAGUUGUACAUGAGCAGAGAUGAGGUCGUAAAGACACUCUUGACCCGUGCAAGGAUUGACCCUGGUUUUACAACAUUAGUAUGGCAAAAACUGGAAGAAGAAAACGCAGAGUUUUUCAGGGCAUAUUACAUCAGACUGAAACUGAAGAAGCAAAUAGUUGUAUUCAAUCAUUUGCUUGAGCAUCAGUAUCACCUCACGAAGUAUAAUGUACAUUCAAAAGUUCCUCUGGUCCCAAUGCAGAACGGUAUUCAUCCUAUGGCAUCUGUGAACAACAUGCCCAUGGGAUACCCAGUACUACAACAUCCUCAGAUGCAUGCUCAAGGUCAUCCCCAUCUUGAUCCUAUGAGCUGUGGAAUGUCAAGCUGCCAUGUGGUUAAUGGAGUCCCUGCACCUGCUAAUUUCCAACCAAUGAGGAUCAACUCAGGGAAUGAUAUGGUAAUAGAUACAACCAUGGCUGAACCAACUCCAAUGAUUCCACCAAAUAGUGGUAUGUCGGAUAUGCCAGUAAGUCCAGCUUCUGUGGCGUCAAGCGGACACUUUCCAUUUGCUGCUUCAGACAUGUCAGGGAUGGGAAUGGACACGUCAGCUCUUGACUCUGCUUUCACAUCUGAUGUCGGAACUUCAGUAGGGUUACAACUUGGAUCAGAUGGAGGAGCUGGAAAUUCUAGAGACCCUCUCAGGCCAUUUGAUCAGAUACCUUGGAACUUUAGUCUCUCUGACCUCACUGCAGAUUUGUCAAAUCUUGGAGAUUUAGGGGCUUUAGGAAACUAUCCCGGUUCUCCUUUUCUGCCAUCUGAUUCAGAGAUUUUACUUGACUCUCCCGAACAAGAGGACAUAGAUGAAUUCUUUGUGGAUUCGAUUCCAGGACCUCCAUGUUCUCAGUCAGAAGAAGACAAGUCUUAAUCAAGCUUAUGAUAUUUGAUCAAUAGAAACAGUCUUAUUAUCUAGCAAGCAAGCAUUGUUUGUGCCGUUUCUCUAUAUUAGAGAAAACCUCCCAAAAGGAUUUAAAAUCUUCUUCUUUUUUCCUCUUCUAAGGGUAAUGAUCGAUCAUAGAUUCAUAGACUUAGAUUAAUUGCUCAGUUGUUUGUUUAUUGUACACCUUUAUUUUGGGACUUUGCUAAGCAUUGUAUAAUAUCUCCCAAUAAUCUAUUUUCUUGUUGGAUAGUUCAUCAAUAUGCA